CCAGCGCAACUCCAUUCACUAUGAUGCUCGACUUGUAGCAAGAAGCUCCUCGCGCCCGACAUCCGGACAACGCGAUGAACUUCAAGCAAAUUUCUUGACCAAAAUUAACGUUCGUUCUGCCAGCGUGUGACCUUCGAGACAUCAUCUUUUUUCAUCGUUUUGGGGCGUUAAGAUCAUGGAGCGCGACUCUACCGCGGGAGGGGCAGAGGACCUGCUCAUGGAAGGCAAAAUAUCAAAACUGCGUGCAGGGUCACUUCAUAAACACGAACUAGCGGAGGCCAUGGAAGUGGAACAGGAAGGACUGGUGGAACAUCAGCCGCUGGAGCAAGAUGACCUCAAUUUUGAGAAAUGGAAGCCCAAGCCAAAGCCCAAGAGGACGCUGCAUGAGAAAAUCGACGACAUUAAGACGUACCUGUGGAACGCCGAGACGAAAGAGUUCAUGGGCCGGUCAGGAAAAAGUUGGAGUCUCAUUUUGCUCUUCUACUCCGCUUUAUACAUUUUCCUGGCAGCCAUGUUUGGUGGUUGUAUGUGCUGCUUGAUGUGGUCUAUUAGUCCAUAUACUCCCACCUACAAUGACAGAGUGAUGCCACCAGGUAUGACGAUGUCUCCUCACGUGGAUACAGCUCACGGGUUUGACAUUGCCUUUAACGCUUCUGACCGCAGCUCGUGGAAAAAGUAUGCAAAAGCCCUGGAAGCCCAACUGAGAUCCUACGAUGAUGCAGUUCAGGAGAGGCGGAACAUAAACUGCGAAGGAAAUACGUAUUUCAUGCAGGAUGACUUGGAGGAGAGUGCCGAGAGAAAGGCUUGUCUUUUUAAGAGGUCCUGGUUGGGAGAAUGUUCUGGCAUGAAGGACAAAGAUUUUGGUUACUCGAAGGGCAAACCCUGCAUUCUGCUCAAAAUGAAUCGGAUUCUCGGGUAUCUGCCUGGUCUAGGCAUUGCAGUAAAUGUUACAUGCGGACUAAAGAAAGGGUCAACUGACAGCCUUGGAGAAGUCCUUUACUAUCCAGAUAAUACCUUUAAUAUGCGGUACUACCCUUACUAUGGGAAACUCAGACAUGUAAACUACUCGUCUCCGCUGGUUGCCGUGCGCUUCACUGGAGUCCAGUACGACACCCAUUUACACGUGCAAUGCAAACUCAAUGGCAAAGGCAUCAUCAAUGAUUCACCUACCGACCGUUUCUUGGGCAGCGUGUCUUUUACUUUAGAAGUGGGCGCAUAGGUGUGCAGUAGACUUACAGAAAUGAAAAUUCUCAGAGUAUGUUAUAAUAAAUGAAAUAGCACACUGGAUGCUGUCUUUACACACUAGCCCUCUGAUUAUGCCCCCAGCAGCCAUUGUGCUAUUUGUGUCAUAACUUUUCAAAGAAGGAUUUUCCAGUAAGUAAAAAUGAGAUAAACAUACACAGUGCAUUCAUAGAUCACAUUCAGUGACGUAACAUUCAAUGUCCAGGAACAAGAGAACGAUUUAUUUGUAGGAAAGAAUUAAAAUAUGAAAACUUGUCCAAAAUUGUAGAUCGCAAAAGGAUAGCAAUUGAGGCAUUAUCACUCAAAUAUACAUGCUGUUUACAGACAGACAGGAAAAACUAUUCUCCAGAUCUAGGGUUUAGAAUUAACAUUUAUUAAAACUUUUAAAGUAAGUCAGAUAUGUAUAACACAUUAAUUUUUUAUUUUUUGCCCCUCUGAUAAGACACAGACUCGAUUAAAUUUCCCCUUUUUUGUACAAAUCAACUGGACAAGAGGAAAACACAAAAGAUUAUUUGUUACUUCUGCCGUGAGCCGGCUAGCAACUUAACUUUAUCAUUUUGCUUGCUCAUUUAAUGGAAUAACAAUCAGACUUGGUUUAGAAUUAAUGAUUGAUUGAUUGUACAUUUUGGACUAAUUUUUUUCUUUUUUUCUUGUUUCGAAUGUACUAAAUUUUGAUUCCAGAGACACGUAUUUUAGUGAAAAGUGGGACAGAAAUCAGUUUGCAUUAUUUUCACACAAUAGGGCUCGUAAUGAAAUACAAGUUGAUCUUUCUUUAGACAUCCAUACAACCAACACUUCAUAAAAACAAAACAGAGCAUUUCACAGGAUUCAUAUCCACUCUAGCACGAAAGUAUCUGCUCAGUUACCUGUAAGAAGGAUUUCAACAGUAUUAUUUAUUAAUUGUAUUUGAAUAUAUUGACAUGGUACAAACCGUUACAAAGUGUGAUAGUAAGAUGGAAAUUGGUAAUUGUACAUCUUGUUAUUCGAUAAAUACAUUGAAACAUCCAAUGGCUGACAACGAUUUGUCCGCACGUUUUUCAAAGCACUCAUGUUCUAGCAUAAACAAUAAAGAUGGAUGAGAAUUAACGGAAUUAAAGCUUCCUGAUCUGUUUUCCUUUGUAAAUAAACCCCAAAAAUGGU